CAAUCUCUUUCCACAUCACCAUUUUUUACCAUUUGGCUCAACUUGAUGCCAUCACACAUACAACAAAACCUCAUUUUACCAAUUACCAAUUACCAAUUAUCUCACACACUCACUCACCACCAUGCCAUCUGCCUCAAACAAACACAAACCCUUUCCUCCUCUCCUCUGAAUUUCCGAUUGCAUCCAUAUAAUAACACCACUUGAUUGUUCCAACAACCAUGGAAGAAUCUGAAGGAAGUGCCAGUGGUAAUCACAGUUACAGUGGAUCACCAAUCACCAACAUGGCUCAAGACUACCUCUUAACUAUCCUCCUCCUCCUCCCCAUAGAUGCAAUUCUCUCCCUAUCCAUGACUUGCAAGAGAUUCAACGCUCUCACAAACUCUGACACACUUUGGAAAUCUUUGUGCAAGAGGGACUUAGGUUCCACUUGUGUUGAGGCACUUCUCAACUCCUCCAAUCACCAACAUCACUUCCCAUGGAUGAGGCUCUACAAGCAAGUCUCUCAGAUGGAUUCUGUUUGUUGUCAUAAACUGUCACAGCCACAUGUGGAUUUGGAUUUCCCCACUGCCAGGGCUUCUCACUCUCUCAACUUUGUCUCUGAUUGUCUAGUCUUGUUUGGUGGCGGCUGUGAAGGAGGACGACAUCUUGAUGACACAUGGGUUGCAUACAUUGGCAAUGAUUUCCAAAGAAUAUUGAAAUGGCAGACAGUCCAUUCGGGCAUUCCAAGUGGGAGGUUUGGUCAUACAUGCGUGGAGAUGGGUGAUUCUCUUGUUCUCUUUGGAGGAAUCAAUGACCGUGGCAACCGUCAAAACGAUGCAUGGUUGGGGCAAGUCAUGUUCAAUGAAAACAAGAGUGUAACAUUUUCAUGGAAAAUGAUUGAUGUGGGGAAUGUUACCCCAACCCCUAGAGGGGCUCAUGCCGCAUGUUGUAUUGAUGAGAAGAGAAUGAUAAUCCAUGGAGGUAUUGGCCUUAAUGGCCUCCGUUUGGGGGACACGUGGGUGUUGGAGGUGUCAGAUAGUUCCUGCUUUGGCACGUGGCAUGAGAUUGUGACACACCCUUCACCUCCACCACGUUCAGGACACACUUUGACAUGCAUUGGGAGAAGCAGGACAAUACUAUUUGGAGGAAGAGGGUUGGGUUAUGAGGUGCUAGAUGAUGUUUGGCUAUUGGAUUCAUGCCAAGGUUAUCCGAGAUGGGUUCAAAUAGUAUAUGAUUUGCAAAGCAUACCACAUGGUGUUUCCCUUCCAAGAGUUGGUCACACAGCUACAUUGGUUUUGGGAGGAAGGUUGCUAAUUUAUGGAGGAGAAGACUCAUAUAGACACAGGAAAAAUGAUUUUUGGGAGUUAGAUAUUAGUGCCAUCCCUUGCAUCACUCUGAGCUCAAAGAAAGUGCUGACAAGAAUGUGGAAAAGAUGGAAAUCAAGUGGAUAUGAGGCAAAUGCUCGAUCCUUUCACCGAGCUUGUGUAGACCGUUCUGGGCGUUAUUUGUAUGUAUUUGGUGGAAUGGUUGAUGGUUUUCUUCAGCCUGCUGAACCUUCUGGACUAAGGUUUGAUGGGGAGCUCUUUCUUGUGGAGCUUGUGCUUCAGAUCUAGUUAAUAGGCAAUGGCUCUUUCUGUAGUGUGCAGUGUCUUCAAACUACAUACCAUUAUCUAGUAUAGUGCCAUUGUGUUAGAUAUUGUAAAAUAGUAGCUGUAUUGCUCAGCAGUGGCAAUAUCUUCUAUGAACUGCGACUGCAUAAUUAGAAAGCAAUGGUAUGAUUGUGAAGAUUACCAAAACGUUUGCACUCUUGAUUGCCAUUUUAAAAUUUUCAUGUCACUAACUGGUUGAGUCUUGUUGGGAUGGAAUCCUAGUCAAGACAUUAGGUUAAUUUGGGCAUCUUGACAAAGUUCUAACAUUUUUUU